AUGUUUCAUUGCAUCCCGCUGUGGCGGUGCAACCGUCAUGUGGAGACUAUCGACAAGCGCCACUGCUCGCUGGCCGCCGUGCCGGAGGAGAUCUACCGCUACGGCCGCAGCCUCGAAGAGCUCCUGCUGGACGCCAACCAGCUGCGCGAGCUGCCCAAGCCUUUUUUUCAGCUUGUAAAAUUACGAAAACUUGGGCUUAGUGAUAAUGAAAUUCAGCGACUUCCUCCAGAGAUAGCAAACUUCAUGCAGCUCGUGGAACUUGAUUUGUCUCGAAAUGAUAUUCCUGAAAUUCCUGAAAGCAUUUCCUUCUGCAAAUCAUUACAAGUAGCAGACUUCAGUGGGAAUCCCCUCACCAGGUUGCCUGAAAGCUUUCCUGAACUACAAAAUCUAACGUGUCUUUCUGUAAAUGACAUCUCACUACAAGCGUUACCUGAAAAUAUUGGGAACCUUUAUAACCUGGCAUCACUGGAAUUAAGAGAGAAUUUGUUGACCUAUUUACCAGAGUCAGUUGCCCAGCUACAAAGGCUAGAGGAGCUGGACCUAGGAAACAAUGAACUUUACAACUUGCCAGAAACUAUAGGUGCACUUUAUAAUCUUAAAGACCUCUGGCUGGAUGGAAACCAGCUAGCUGAAUUACCUCAGGAAAUAGGAAGCCUGAAAAACCUGCUAUGUUUGGACAUUUCUGAAAACAAACUGGAAAAAUUGCCUGAAGAGAUAAGUGGUCUGACAUCUUUAACUGACCUACUCAUCUCUCAGAAUCUUCUAGAGGUGCUUCCGGAUGGCAUAGGAAAAUUAAAAAGACUAUCAAUCUUGAAGGUUGACCAGAACCGGCUUCUUCAGUUAACAGAAGCAAUAGGUGAUUGUGAAAGCCUUACUGAGUUAGUUCUUACCGAAAAUCAGCUUCUGACUUUGCCGAAAACCAUUGGAAGGCUAAAGAAACUGAAUAUAUUAAAUGCUGACAGAAACAAACUAGUGUCUUUACCCAAAGAGAUUGGUGGGUGUUGCAGUCUAAAUGUGUUUUCAGUACGGGACAACCGGUUAUCUAGGAUUCCUUCUGAGAUAUCACAAGCCACAGAACUUCAUGUCCUGGAUGUAGCUGGAAACAGGUUGCAGCAUCUUCCCAUGUCGCUAACUAGCUUGAAGCUGAAGGCCUUGUGGCUGUCAGAUAACCAAUCCCAGCCUUUGCUUACAUUCCAGACAGACACAGACCCUGAAAUGGGAGAAAAGAUCUUAACAUGUGUUUUACUUCCUCAACUGCCUUCUGAGCCUGAUAACCUGCCCCGAUGUGGUGCGAUGGAGAGCUUGGUGAAUGAAGUGUCAGAUGAAACAUGGAAUGAAAGGGCAGUAAACAGAGUCAGUGCAAUCCGCUUCUUAGAAGAUGAAAAAGAUGAAGAAGAUAAUGAAAUGAAGACGCUUCUAAGGCGAGCCACUCCACACCCUGGAGAAUUAAAGAACAUGAAAAAGACAGUGGAGAAUUUACGGAACGAUAUGAAUGCUGCUAAAGGACUGGAUUCAAACAAAAAUGAGGUCAAUAAUGCCAAUGACAGAGUGACCACUUCUGUGUAAAGGCUCACCUCUUCCAGGUUUUUACCUCCUGUGCCUUUCCCCUGCUGUUGAGUCGUUCCUGUUGCAUCAUGGGAUAUCAUUCAAUCAACCCUCAUGUGUUUUGCCUGAAAUCUUACUCAUCUCGUCCUUGUGCCAUUUUUCGAAAGGUGUUUCUCACUAGAAGAACAGUGCCUUAUUUCAGUCCAAGCAUCUGAACAAAGAGGGCCCAGUGCACUGAGAAAAUGUCUCCCAUAAUUAUGUCCUUAGCUUACACAGCUCCGGUUUGUGUCCUGAUGAAUUAUGCCCUUAAUUUCCAAUCUUGUCAGUCAUUUAAUAGGUUUUUAAGAUGGUUGUUUUCUUUCUUUGAGCAAGGGGAAUACACUGUUAUACAAUCAUGCAUCUCUUAUGCACCGGGGAGUUGUCUGCGGGGUAUUUUUCCUGAAGUGCUUGGGUAUUUAUAUUGCCUUGUGUUGUGACCC